CAACACGUAUGCCUCGUUGCGUUAUAUAGUUUGCUGCUGCGUGUCAAGUGGAUCGUAGCUGAAUGGGACCGGCUCGCCCAAUGCACACGCGUGUCCUGCCUCAGUCCCCGCUCCGCCCCCCCUUUGCGCACAACCGCGGUUGGACUUGUGGAAUGGUAAAAUCCGUCCAGGGCAGCUGGGGACUUCCAACGAAUACCUUCCACGGCAGUCCCGGGACUAUCCGGCACAACAGUCAUUCCCGGGGACAUGAGCGGGAAGGAGAAGGAAGCUUGGAGUGGACCCGCCCGCGGGUGGUUCAAGGGCGCGAUUGCUCGGCUCGGCCGAUCACGCACCCGGAGAUCCGUUCCGCCCUUUCCUUUGCUGCUACUUUUGGCGACAUAUGCUAGCUGCUGUGCUUACAACUAGACAUGCUGCUUCAGUACUCGCGGCUGGGCCUCGCGGCUGCGCCUCGCGGCGGCCGCUGUGGCCCGGUUCCGGUCCCGGCAUGCCCGACACCCAAUGGCUGGUCCAGCUGCCUGACAUGGAAUAACCUUGUUGGGUCAAGCGUAAGCAAUCUGCAGCAGCCGCGGCGGGGCAUGGCUCAACACGCGACCGGCGGCGGCAGCGAAGACCCGGCCGCUGCUACCAGUGACUUCCGCGACGGCGAGGAUGGCAAGGCUGCCGCAGCCGCAGCCACCGCAGCCACCGCAGCCACCGCAGCCACCGCAGCCACCGCAGCCGCCGCAGCCGACGACGACGACGACGAUGGCACGCCGGUUGACCCGAAGGCGCUGUUGGCGCGGCUGACGCAGCCUCGCGUGCCGGACAACCUCCUGCUGCACCGGUUCUGGGAGCCGUGGGCGCGGGACACGCGCUUCUUUCACGACCGCUUCGCCAUGUUCACCCGCCCCGAAUAUAACGCCGACGACCAGAUGCAAGAAACCCUGGGCCUGGCAAUCCGCGGCAGCAUCGCGGUCCCCUACAUGUCGUGGGCGGUGCCAUCUGCUGAGGCGCUGGAGGUGAUUGCGCAGGUGUCGGGGGGCCGGGUGGUGGAGGUGGGCGCCGGCACGGGGUACUGGGCGUGGCUGCUGACGCGGCGCGGCGUGGACGUGGUGGCGGUGGACAACGACUCCGAGUACCGCUUCAUCAGAGAGGAGCCGGCGGAGGGCCAGCAGGAGGCAGCAGCAGCAGAGGGCGAGAAAGCGGAGCUGCCGAAGGGGGCGCACCGAUAUUUGAAGAGCAUGCAGGUGUGCGACGGCCCCGAGUUCCUGGCGCGCCACGGCGGCUGCCCCGACCGCGCGCUGCUGCUGUGCUGGGCGCGGCACGACAUGGGCGAGGCCAGCCUGGCCGCCUACCGCGGUGACACGGUGGUGGCUGUGGGCGAGGUGCAGCAGGGCGCCACGUGGGAGCUGGACAGGGAGCUGCACCCCGAGUGGCGGCAGGUGCGCCGCGUACCGCUGCCCAACUGGACGGGCAUCCACGACGACCUGCGUGUGUACCGGCGGCGCGUGGCUGAGCGGAAGGAGGAGGAGGGGGGCAACUGAGGUGGGGGCGGGCCGGCGUGCUCCGGCUCUCACGUGUUGAGGUUCUGCUGGCAAGGGGAAGAGUGGAGGUGUGGGGCGGAUCAGAGGAUGCAGGGCGAGAAUUGUGGAAGGUGUGGGAUGGGGGUACGGAUGCGUUAGGCUAGGGGUGCACGAUUGACACGCGGAAGUAUGGUGACCGGCUACGGGGCCAGCGGCAGGGGCAGCAUCUGGGACAUCCAGCAGCCAUGCAUGCGAUGUGUUUGUUGUGGGUCAGUGUGGAAGGCCAUCACUUCAUUGAUUGCCCUUAGCCAGUCGAUCGAGUCGUUAGCAAAGUCGUGUCUGUGGCGUGAGAGCCGCCUCACUCAAUUAGCGGCACGUGCUGGAGUGCUGUGCCGCCGCCGCAGGGUGGCGGAAAGCACGUUUCCGUAACAAGUACUUUCUUUGAGCGUGUUCACAUCGGUAGGCAAGCAGACCCGCGCCUGGGCGGCAGGGGCUUUGGGGCGCAUGCGUCCAAAAGCCUGCUACGUACGCUUGUCAUACGUACGGCACAUAUAUACAUGCAUGCAUGGGUACAGCGCGAUAGUGGCGGUGCGUGGCAUUGCGCGGUGCCCGCAGAGGCGCAUCGCGACACAAACUACUGUAACCAACAUUGCGC